AUGGACGGUGAUGAAGUUCAGUUUUCCCUCUUGCAGUCUGCCUUCAAGGUCUCUGGCAGUGAGGCAAUUGGGCCUCAGCUUCUAUCUGAGGGUUGGAAGGCGUUGGGGAUGAUUCCUGCAAGUGUGCAGAAUGGUAUCCAUGAGCUGGUUCCCUUGUUCGCGCUGGUUCUGUUCAUGCUGGUCGUUUGGAUCUUCCUGAUGAUCAUUCAAAAUCUGCCGGCGGAGUGGUACAACGAACAAGAAGGUGAUCUCAAGCCCAGAGGACGACGCUGGGGGAGGCAGCCAGAUGAGUCGCCGCCGGUGGACGGUUCACCUGUUUGCGCGUCAUUAACCUUUCCCAGAGCUGAGGCCAGAUUCAAAAUUUGCGCUGACAACUUCAGGAGUGGCAAGAAGCUCAACAUCCAGGGAGACAACUCUGGGAGGAUGCUUCUUGUGGCCCUUUUUGGUAGCACAAAAGAAGGGCCGCCUACCCUGAGGGUUUGCUUUGCAAACUGCGAGACAGAUCCGCGCUGCAGCAUUCAGGUCGCAGCCGAUGCUGUCGGCUAUGAUGCGUUGGUUCUGGGCCGGAAGGACUCCUUGUAUGGCACGGUGGAGAGAUCGUUUGGGCAUUGCAUCGUGAGACACAAUGAAGUGCCCGCAUUGAAAGUGGAGGUGAACCGCAUCACGCUGGCUGCCAUUGUCACCUCUCCGCAUGGUCGCCGUUUGGCAAAGGGUGGUAUUGAGGCUGACAACUACUGGCACUUGGAGGCGGGCCCGUUUUGGGCGCAGGUGCGGCGGCUGCAAAGCCUGGUGGUCUCCGCGGCGCUGCCCGCCUGGACUGCCCGCCCGGUCGCUGGCCUGCUGGAGGGCGUCGCCGACGCCAUCGAAGCCUUGGCGCGCGCGCCGACCGCCGUUACGCGCCCCACGAAUGCAUGGGCGGGCGUCCGAGUAGGAGAAGCUUCCCACCCCGGCCCCCCGGCGCCUGCCACCGAGCGACGCGAGCGCGCCUUGUCCGAACUCCGCCGAGCGGGCUUGGUCCCCCACCCAGCGCCACCGUCCCGGCGACCCGAGUCCCCUGACUUCCACACCCCGCGUGGCGGGCCGGAUCACUGCCGGCCUGCCCUCUGGGUGACACAGGGGCCGCCAGACGCUCUCCCACUCCAGACUGCUCCUCGCUCCUGGGUCUACGUGCCUUUGCUGCACGAUGCGGCCGGGGCGUCUUCCGACGCAGCGCAGGCCGCCUGGCGCGCGCAUGCCGCCUUCGGUCCGGUAUGGGGACAGUGGGUGGGCGCCCUCCGCGCUGCCUGCCCCCAACCCUUGACUAGCCUCCACGCGGCGGUCCUUGUGCACAGUGCUGCUGAGGGCCGGCCGUUCGUGUGGCCGGAGCGGCCAUUUCGCGGCCUCCAGGGCGACUCCCUUUGCACCCUCGCGUUCGCGGUCGAAGCCCUCGCCCGGGCGGAUGGCUACUUGGCCCCUGCGGUUCAAGAGGCACUGUUGUGCGUCUAUGGCGGUGACCGCCUGGCGUCCGAGAUCGCCGAGGGCGCGCGCCACCUUUGCGCGCCUCCCGCCCCGGUGCCUCCCACGGACCGUGGAGCGGCCCCUGCCCCUGAGGCGGAUGUUCUCAGCGAGGUCGCCGCCGCCGCGGCCCCCCGGCGCCGCGCCCGCCGCCCUCGGGCCCGCGCUCCGCGCACCAGUCCUCCACCCCCACGCCCCGACUCGCGCGCUGACGCCCUUUGGGCGACACGCGACCUCGCGGAUGAGUUCCAGCGGCGCGUUUACACCUUGCAAGCGCCCCCGCCUUUCCUUCGAGGGGCGCUUCGCGCCGCGCUGCAUGCAGGGCUCGCCCGAAUACGGGACGACCCUGACUCCCCGGCCGGCUGGGGCCUGUUCCUCCUCGCGCCCCGCAUGCUGCUCUUCCGUCGUCGUGGCGAGACCCGCGUCGCCCGCGACGCCUUGGAGGAACGGGCAGCACUCCUCGCGCGCGGUGCCUACGCCGACCUCCUAGACCAGGCUGCCGCCGCUGCCGCCUUGGCCCCCGUGGCCAGCCCUGCACCACGAGGUGACUGCCUGGAGAGCGCCGCGCACUGGGCCUCUUGGGCCGACUCGCUCCCCGUGAUCGGCGCGCGGCACCCCCUCCUCCUCGCGCGGGUCCUCCCCGAGUUGGCCGCCGAGCUUGGGGCACCGGGCCUGCCCGGCACGCAAGCCGCCCGCCUGGCCGCGGCCGCGCUGCACACCCCUGGAUGGGCGCCGCCAUCAUGGGUCGCGCUCGCGAGUGGCCUGGAUUCCGGAGCCGGCGCUAGUUUCGGCGACCCCACCCGCGGUUGGCAGCGCGCCGCCACCGCCGCCUUGGACAGACAAGCCCUUGAGGUGCACUUCUCUGUGCUCGAUCCUGCAUCUCGGGCCCUGCUUCUGUCCCAAGGCGGCGCAGGCGGCGCGGCGGCCUUGACGGUGCUCCCGUCGCGACCUGAGUACCGUCUGCCAGCCGAGCAGUUCCGGGGCAGCCUGGCCACCACGCUGCUGGAACUUCCGGAGCAGGGGGGCGGCGCGCCGCCCGCCCCCGCCGUCCUGGCUGACCUCACGCAGGACGCGCGCUUGCUCCAGUGUACAUAG